CGCCGAUCCCGACGCAUGCUGCGUUUAGCGAAUCCGUCCCACCUCCAAGCCAUUGAGGCUGACCUCCAUUUAUACCCCUAUCCUAUUCUACUGUAUGGAACCUCAAUCUUGCGUACAUACGUUCAUCAUCGGUAUCGCAUGGAUCACUGCGUUGAAGAUUUUCAAUCCCUUCUCGAAGCACCGGUCCCGGUCGAUCCGCAGACGCUCGAAGAGCUCAUCGAGUAUACGGUUACGCCGACAAGGUUCAUUCAUGAUCACCUUGGGGACCAUGAACUUGUCAGAAACUACACCAAUACCCCUGCCGUCAACGUCGUACGGUAUCGGAUCGCAAUUACAGGGGACUAUCCAGGCAUGCACCAGAAGCCGUUCACUGUUCGGGAUAUCAUCAACAACUUUGCACCGAGGAGGAUAGUGACGGCCAUGUGCGAGUCGCCCAGUGCCGGCUCAAAGGUGAGGGAAGAAGGUGGUAGAGACCUCGACGUCGGCCUCCGACGGAGAGAGGGCGUAGUCGCCAACGUAUCGUGGGAGGGAGUUCCCCUGCGUAAACUGCUGCUCGCCACUGGCGUGCCGGAGUCGGUGGGCGGCGACUGGAAAGUAAAUUUCUCUUCCCGUCAUCCGAAUACCAAGUACAGCGAUCCGAUCACCGUGUCUAUUCCCUUGAAGAAAGCGAUGGAUUUGUACGGGGAUGUCCUCGUGGCUUACGGGAUGAAUGAUGAACCACUAAAACCCGAGCAUGGGUUUCCUCUGCGUGUUGUCAUCCCUGGUCACUAUUCAGACGGCUGGGUCAAGUGGCUUGACACUAUCACGGUUUCGCAUGUAAAGACGCCAAUUUUACAGGAGAUAUCAAUGGCGUCGGUCAUCGUUACCGUUGACAGCAUAACAAAUGACAGAGGCAACGCCUGGCUGCGUAUCAAAGGGUAUACUGUUUCCCGUGCGCCCUCAUCUCACAUUGAAGUCAGCACGGACGCUGGGAGGACAUGGGUGGAAAUGCAUACGGUCUACCAGGAAGGCAGAUGGAGUUGGAUUCUUUGGACGGGCGACGUGGAGGUAUCCAGGGCAAGCUUCAAUCGAAGCAAACAAACCAUAUGGACUCGUACAUGCGAUAUGAAAGGUGAUGUGAGAGGUGUUGACGAGAAUAUCUUGUGAGAUUUAGAUUGGAAGGUGU